AUGGCGAGGCCGUUCAUUCCUCCCAACCCGUUUGUUAUCCCGGCCGUUGAUGCAAUCCCUGUAGCGUCAGCCUUGAGGCCUAAAGCGGCCGCGUAUUGGUGCAUCGGCGCACCAGGUUCCGUCUUCAAACUGGCUCCCACGCCCACGAACUGCGCCAUUCCACGAUCUGAAAAGCAAACGGAUACUCUUUGGCCGUUGAUCGGCUGCACCUCUCUCGCAUGUGGCUUUCUCGCCGGAGCGAUCCUUAGGACAAUGGCCAAGUCAAAGGAUGCAGCUUUCUGGAAGGCGUCUCGGUACGAAGAGCCGUGGAACAAAGUCGACCCGACCAAACACGACAAGGUGAGUAUCGCGAAAAGAGUCUCGCCAAAAGACGUUAUCCGUCGUCGAUCGCGCGCAAGUUUUUUGGCAACUCUGCGUCUUGCUAACGACGAUAGCCUCGAACGGAAUGAUCUUCACGCGGCAAAGAAGAAAAAAGGCGAGGAAAAUGGUUUGAAGGGACUCAUUGUCGACGGAACUUCGCUGAUUGCAGUUUUCAACACUGGAAAGAUCCUGCCACAAUCGAAACAGGAGUACGAUAACUACAAACGGCAUUCGGAUCGCGACAGCGCUUUGAAGGCCAUCGGCUCCAUACAGAAAUGAGAGAAAAAAGCGAGCCUGCAUUUUUUAUCAAGUCUCUUAUUUCUCGAGUCUUUUUUUUUAAAGGCAGGAAUAAAAUUUAUCUUUGAAAUCUCACGGACAA